UAACUUCCUGUUUCGAGGAAAGGCAAGUAGAAAAGUAAAUUUGCUUGGAGCAAAUUCCACACACGACAAUCAUGGGGCCGAUCAAAAGAAAGACGGGGCCCACGAAUGAUUCAUUUGUUCGAUCAAAGAAGGUCGGCGAAAAUGAUAACAGACCGCAAAAGAGACUGCGACAGGAGGACACUGGAACCUCUAAUACAGCAAAGCCCAACAGCGGAACUACCACUCUACCGACUGCACAUGUUCCCAAAAUUGCAAAAGCCAGAGAAGAAGAGGCUGCCUUCCCACGUGGAGGCGCAAGCGUCCUAACACCUCUGGAGCACAAACAGAUUAACAUCGACGCGACCAGAGAUGUCCUGUUCGAACAUGAGACCGCAUCAAGGGCGAAAGCUGAUGGGGAUUCAGAAGCGGCUACUACCCAUGGAGGGAAGAAGCGCAAGCAAAAAAGCAAGGGAACCAAGGACGCAAAUGUGAAGGGGGACGAAGGUGACGACAUAAGGAUCGAGGGUCUAAGUUACAAGCGCCUCGUCCCAGGGUCAUUGGUACUUGGGCAAGUCUCGAAAAUAAAUAUUCAUGAUAUAGCUCUAGCACUUCCAAACAACCUAACUGGUUAUGUCCCCCUAACCUCGAUAUCGGGGAAGUUGACGGAAAGGGUUGAAAGGUUGGUGGCAGCAGAUGACGGAGCAAGCGACGACGAUUCUUCGAGUAUAGCAGAUGACAUUGAUCUCAACGACCUAUUCUCAGUUGGUCAGUACCUGCGAGCGUUCGUUGUUUCUACGAACGAGAGCAAUGCAUCUGGCGCUGAGGUCGGGAAACGGCGCAUUGAGCUCUCUCUUCAGCCUCAGCAAGCCAAUAGCGGCAUUACUGCGAAAGAACUGGCCCCGAACAGCAUGAUAAUGGCAUCAGUGGUCAGUGUUGAAGAUCAUGGUAUUAUUAUGGACAUUGGGUUGCAGAAAUCUGCCAUUGGAGGGUUCAUGUCCUCCAAAGAGAUCGGGUACGCCAUCGAGAUGAAUACGAUACAGGAAGGUGCAGUUAUGCUGUGCAUGAUCACAGGCCUCAGUUCCAAUGGCAAAAUUGUCAAGUUGUCGGCAGACCUUCAAAAGAUCGCCAAUUCUAAGAAGCCGACGUACUUGAGCGACGCACCGACUGUCGAUGCCUUUUUACCGGGAACGGCGGUCGAAUUUCUCCUCACAGAUAUCACGCCCAGGGGUGUGGCUGGCAAGGUUAUGGGCAGCAUCGAUGUGACAGCCGACUUAAUACACUCUGGACUCGGUAACGCUGGAAAGGACCUAGAGAAGAAAUACAAGGUCGGCAGCAAAGUCAAAGGCAGAAUUAUCUGCACAUUCCCAAAUGUUGAACCCAGGAAACUUGGCAUCUCCCUACUGGAUCAUGUUAUGUCCCUCUCGACACAGCAGGCACAGAAGAACGCACAGAAACACGAUCCUCUUCAGAUCCUCCCAUUAUCCAGCAUCAUUGAAGAAGCGACAGUCAAAAAAGUUCAACCAGGAAUAGGCUUAUUCGUUGACAUCGGAGUUAAAGGGGUGAAUGGUUUUGUGCAUAUUUCGAGGGUUGCAGAUUCAAAAGUCGAAACACUUUCUGAAUCAGUCGGGCCUUACAAAGUUGACUCAACCCACCGGGGCAGAGUUGUCGGGUAUAACUCACUGGAUGGAAUCUAUCUCGUGUCUCUGGAGCAGAGGAUCCUUGAACAGCCAUUUUUGCAGAUCGAAGACCUAACCAUUGGCGAGGUUGUCAAGGGAAAGGUGGAUAAGCUACUUAUCAACGAAGCCGGUAUUGGUGGCCUGUUUGUCAAACUUGCCGACGGUAUCACCGGCCUUGUACCAGAAAUGCAUAUGGCUGAUGUCAAAUUUCUUCACCCCGAGAAGAAAUUCAAAGAAGGCCUUAGUGUCACUGCCCGUGUCCUUUCGACGGACUUGAGCAAGCGCCAGUUUCGCCUAACAUUGAAAAAGGCGUUGGUUAACUCUGAAAGCCCCGUUUUCAAGUCAUACGAAGAUAUUGAACCUGGCUCGCAAAGCCCGGGGACUAUAAUCAGCAUUCUACCUGGCGGAGCAGUUGUCCAGUUUUAUGGUACUGUUCGUGGCUUCCUACCAGUCUCGGAGAUGAGCGAGUCAUACAUACAGGAUCCUAGCCAACACUUCCGCGUUGGGCAAGUCGUCAAUGUUCAUGUCCUAAAUGUUGACCCUGCAGCCGCAAGACUCACAGUUUCCUGCAAAGAUCCGGCAGCCUUUGGGCUCUCACAACAAAGUGCGCUGAAGAAGCUUCGAAUUGGCGAAAUAGUUUCCGCCACCGUGACGGAGAAGUCCAAUGACGACAUAUCGGUUGAACUUGAACUCUCUGGUCUGCGGGCUAUACUCCCUGUCGGGCAUCUUACGGAUGGCUCGGAGGCCAAAAACUUGUCAGCUUUCAAGAAGAUAAGGGUGGGACAGACGCUCCAAAACCUGGCUGUCAUUGACAAAGUCGAAAAGAACCGACUCAUAACUCUUACAAACAAGUCCAGCCUAGUUAAAGCAGCGAACGAGAGAACUCUGUUACGAGAGUUUGCCGAUGUUAAGGAGAGCAAGAUUGUGCAUGGUUUUGUGAAGAACAUCACACCUACAGCAGUUUUUGUCCAAUUUGGAGGUGGAGUUACUGGGCUUUUGCCAAAGUCUAAAUUACAAGAUGAGGCUCAGACUCUGCAUGAUUUUGGCCUCCGCCGCCUCCAAUCAUUGACGGCCAAGGUCCUCUCUGUUGAUCAAAGCGAGAAACGAUUUCUGCUGUCUGUCAAAGACAUUAACAUCCCGGUACCAUCCGUCGAUGGCGAGUUGGUACACCGUGGCGAAUCCCAGAAGGCUGUUAACCCAGUUGAUGAAAGCAUAACUGCUGCGGAAGACUUUACGUUGGGCAGGGUCACGAUGGCUAGGAUCGCCUCGGUCAAAGAAACCCAAAUUAAUGUGCAGUUGGCCGACAAUAUCCAAGGCAGAAUCGAUGUAUCUGAAGCUUUUGGAUCUUGGGAGGAGAUCAAAGACCGGAAGCAUCCACUGAAGCAAUUCUCUGCGAAACAGACUAUCCCCGUUCGAGUUCUUGGUAUCCAUGAUGCCAAAAACCAUAGGUUCUUGCCCAUCACCCACACAGCCGGCAAGACGGCAGUCUUCGAACUGUCUGCAAAGUUGGCUAAAACAACAGAGAGCGCACCAGAGGCUCUUACCCUUAAUAAAGUGAAGGUGGGGUCAUCUUGGAUUGCAUUUGUCAACAAUGUGCGUGACGAUUGCCUCUGGGUUAAUAUAUCCCCCAACGUUCGGGGACGUAUCGGCGCUCUUGACAUCUCCGACGAUGUAUCCUUACUCAACAACCUCGAGUCAAAGUUUCCAGUUGGGUCUGCCAUAAAAGUCAGCGUGACUGGGAUUGAUGUUGCAAAUAACCGCCUGGACCUAAGCGGCCGAUCAGCAAGAGGCAGCAGCAGUGCUUUGAGUUUCCAAGAUUUAAAGAAGGAUAUGGUUGUACCUGCAAGGGUCACUAAGGUCACAGAGCGUCAAAUCAUGGUCCAACUGAGCGAUAAAGUCUCAGGGCCAGUGAACUUGACUGAUCUUACUGAUGACUUCUCCGACGCCAACCCAACAAUCUAUUCGAAAAACGAUAUUGUUCGCGUGUGUAUCACAGACGUUGACGUCCCCAACAAACGCAUAAGGCUCACAACAAGACCAUCCCGAGUUCUCAAUUCCUCUCUACCUGUUAAAGAUGCGGAAGUUUCAUCUGUUGCGCAGCUGAAGGUGAAUGAUGUUGUCAGGGGCUUUGUCAAGAAUGUUGCCGAGAAUGGCAUAUUCAUCAGCCUUGGUGGGAACGUGACAGCCUACACUCGAGUAUCCGACCUCUCCGACGCCUACAUCAAGGAAUGGAAGUCAAGCUUCCAGGUCGAUCAGCUUGUCAAGGGAAAAGUGAUAGCCGCCGAUCCAGCCUUGAACCAUGUCCAGUUGAGCCUAAAAUCGUCUAUUGUCGACAACGAUUAUGUUGCACCUAUAUCACUUAAUGACCUGGAGGUUGGCCAGACUAUUACUGGCAAGAUUCGAAAGGUUGAGGAUUUCGGUGUGUUCAUCGUUGUGGACGGCUCGAUGAACGUUAGUGGUUUAUGCCAUAGGAGUGAAAUGGCUGAAAGUCGGGUCACAGAUGUCAAGAAGCUUUACUCUGAGGGUGAUGCUGUGAAGGCAAAGGUACUAAAGAUUGAAUUAGACAAGAGGCGCGUAAGCUUUGGUCUAAAAGCUUCAUACUUCAAAGAUCAAUCCGAAAGUGACGAGGAAAUGGAUGAUGGCAUAGAAGAUGGCAUGGAAGGAGUACAACUGGGUAGUGACGACGACGCAAAUUCGGAAGAGGAGGAUUCCGGCAACUUGGAGAGGCUUGACGCAUCAGCCGCAUUAUCAGGAGAUGAUUCGGACUCCGAUAUGGAAGAUGCUCCACAGAAACCAAGCGGUCUCCCACUCGAAGCGGGAGGAUUCAACUGGACUGCGUCCACCCUGGAUGAUGCGGACCAGCAAAUUGGUAUAGAUUCUGAUGAAGAGGGGUUGGCAAGUGCGUCGAAAAAGAAGACACGCCGCAAGCCACUUAUCAAGGUCGACCGUACUGGAGAGCUUGAUGCCAAUGGCCCACAGUCGACAAGUGAUUUCGAACGGCUAUUGCUGAGCGAACCGGAUUCUUCACAGUUGUGGAUUGAAUACAUGGCUUUCCAGGUGAAGCUCAGUGAACUUGCCAAAGCACGAGAGGUUGCAGAGCGAGCCAUUCGAACCAUCAACAUGCGCGAAGAAGCGGAGAAGAUGAACGUAUGGAUAGCCCUGCUUAACCUGGAAAAUGCGUAUGGAAGCGAUGACACGACCGAAGAAGUCUUCAAACGUGCCUGUCAGUAUAACGAUGCUUUCGAAAUCCAUGAACGGUUGACAAGCAUCUACAUUCAGUCGGGCAAGCAUACCAAAGCCGAUGAGCUCUUCCAAGUUCUGAUCAAGAAGUUUUCGCAAUAUCCCAAUGCCUGGUACAAUUAUGCGCAUUUCCUGCAUUAUACGCUGUCAUCUCCAGAUAGAGCAUGGGCUCUUUUACCCAGGGCCAUUCAGUCGCUACCAUCGCAUAACCACCUCAGUCUCACGAUCAAGUUUGCAGCUCUCGAGUUUCACUCACCGCAUGGCUCACCUGAACGAGGAAGAACGACAUUUGAGGGAGUCUUGGCAACGUUCCCGAAGAGGUUGGAUCUCUGGAAUCAACUUUUGGAUCUCGAGAUACAACAGGGUGAUGAAGGCAUAGUCAGGGCACUCUUUGAGCGAGUAGCCAGGAGUAAGGACUUGAAGCCGAAGGGUGCAAAGGCCUGGUUCAAGCGUUGGAGUGAGUGGGAGGGAAAGCACGGAGAUGCCAAGAGCCAGGAGAAGGUUAAGGCAAAGGCAGUAGAAUGGGUUCGCGCCACGGGAAGAUUGGAAGGUUGAGGAUAUAUAUAUCGGUUGCAUUAGCUAGUCAAUACACGUUCAUUCAUUUUUAACAU